UUCACACAGCUUUAGUUUGCAAAAUUGUUGUGCUUGUAUGUGCUGAGCUUUGGCUUGGGUACUUGAUACAUCUCUACACCUUAGCUGAAGCCUCAACUCGCAGCCAUGCCCAUGAGAAUCGAGCGUGAUCUCCACAUGGCUACAGGGAAUGGAGAAACUAGCUACACAAAAAAUUCUAGGAUUCAAGAGAAAGCUAUGUUUCACAUGAAGCCGGUCCUUGAGGAGGCCACUAGAGAAGUAUACACAGCUCUCCUCCCUAAAACCAUGGUGGUGGCCGACUUAGGCUGCUCAUCGGGGCCUAACACACUGCGCUUCGUCUCCGAGGUGAUUGGCAUCAUAGCUCGCCAUUGCAAGGAACUUGACGACCGACGACAUGACCGCCCGCCGCAGCUUCAGUUCUUCCUCAAUGACCUUCCCGGAAAUGACUUCAACAAUCUCUUCCAGCUGAUCCAGCAGUUCCAUAAGUCGACGGCAAGAAAGCACAAGGGUGAGGCAGAAGAGGCACUGCCUCCUUGCUAUAUCACCGGGUUGCCGGGUUCCUACUACACUAGGAUCUUCCCUAGUGAAAGUGUUCACCUGUUCCACUCUUUGUUCUGCCUUCAGUGGCGCUCUCAGGCACCGGAGCAACUGAAGGGCACCAAAAAAACAUGCCUAGAUAUCUACAUCACAAAGACUAUGUCACCGUCGAUGGUGAAGCUGUUUCAACAGCAGUUUCAGAAGGACUUCUCCCUCUUCCUCAAGCUACGCUACGAGGAGCUCGUGUCUGGCGGCCAAAUGGUUCUAACAUUUAUUGGAAGGAAGCAUGAGGAUGUGCUCACUGGAGAGUCUAACCAUCUUUACGGAUUGCUUGCGCAGUCGCUGAAAUCCCUAGUUGAUGAGGGUCUUGUGGACAAGGAAAAACUUGAGUCAUUCUAUCUACCAAUGUAUUCACCAUCGGUUGGUGAAGUGGAGGCGAUAGUGAAGCAAGUUGGGUUGUUCAACAUGAAUCAUGUUAAAGUAUUCGAGAUAAAUUGGGAUCCCUACGAUGACUCGGAAGAAAGUGAUGUUGUGCGUAACAGUAUUAGGAGCGGUGAGAACGUCGCCAAGUGCCUACGAGCAGUGAUGGAGCCGCUGGUUGCAAGCCAAUUUGGAGAAGCCAUACUCGACAAGUUAUUUGAAGAGUACGCUCGCCGUGUUGCCAAACACCUUGAGAAUGAGAAAACCAAGCAUGCUGUGCUCGUCCUGUCCAUGAAGAAAGCAAUACAUGUGUGAAGUGUGUUCUUUCUCACUCUCGCUAGUUAUUAUCGCAGGCUACUAGUAGUUCUCCAGGAAAUUCCGUAUGUAUGCUUGUGUGUACAUGUGUGUGUAUUUAGUGUACUCUAUGCCAUGCAUGGUGUUUAUGUUAUCUUCCCUGGCUAUUGAAUCUGUACGAUGGUGACUCAAAUAUCAAGUAUGUUUUUUCUUGAAUCAAAUAUCAAGGAAUUUU